AUGUGCGGCAUUCUCGCCUUAAUCCUUGCCAACACGUCGUCUACGGCCGCCGCCGUCGACCUACACGAAGCCCUGUAUCUCCUGCAACACCGUGGCCAGGAUGCCUGUGGGAUUGCGACAUGUGCGACCGGUGGACGGAUAUACCAAUGUAAAGGCAAUGGCAUGGCAGCAAAAGUUUUCCACGAUGGUCAAAGAGUAGUUGAUCUUCCGGGCUUCAUGGGCUUGGGCCAUCUGAGAUACCCUACUGCAGGAAGCAGUGCGAAUGCCGAAGCUCAACCGUUCUACGUGAACAGUCCAUACGGUAUCUGUCUGGCGCAUAACGGCAACCUGAUCAACGCGCCUGAACUGAAGCAGCAUCUGGAUCUGGCGUCUCACAGACAUAUCAACACUGAUAGCGACAGCGAGCUUAUGCUCAACGUCUUUGCUGACGAACUCAACGAGACUGGGAAGGCCCGUGUUAAUGAGGAUGAUGUAUUUGCAGCUCUCGGCAGGAUGUACGAGAGAUGCAAAGGCGGCUGGGCUUGCACUGCGAUGAUUGCAGGUUACGGGCUCAUUGGGUUUCGUGAUGCAUUUGGCAUCCGCCCUCUCGUCCUGGGGUCCAGGGAGUCUGCCGAUGGACCUGGCAAAGACUACAUGAUGGCUUCAGAAUCCGUUGCCCUAGCCCAACUUGGGUUCGAUGUCAUACGGGACAUUUUGCCCGGCGAGGCGGUCAUCAUUCAGAAAGGGCACGAGCCGCACUUUCGACAAGUGCAGCAACGAAAAGAGUACGCCCCCGAUAUCUUUGAGUAUGUCUACUUUGCCCGUCCCGAUUCAGUCAUGGACGGAAUCAGUGUCCAUCGGAGUCGGCAGCAUAUGGGCCUGCGACUUGCAGCACACAUCAAAAAGGUGCUCAGUCCCCAAGACUUGGAAGACAUUGAUGUGGUCAUUCCUAUUCCCGAGACGUCUGUCACUUCAGCAUCGGUUGUCGCCAAAGCACUGGACAAGGAAUACUGCCAAGGCUUUGUGAAGAACCGUUACGUUUUCCGAACCUUCAUCAUGCCGGAGCAGAAAGCCCGACAGAAGGGGGUGAGGCGGAAGCUGAAUGCAAUGGCCAUGGAAUUCAAAGAUCGCAAUGUUCUUUUGGUGGACGACAGUAUUGUUCGGGGCACUACCAGCCGGGAGAUUGUAACGAUGGCACGAGAAGCGGGCGCAAAGAGGGUACACUUUGCGAGCUGUGCCCCUCCUAUCACGCACGCACACAUCUACGGUAUCGACCUGGCCUCGCCACUCGAACUGGUGGCGCACAACUAUCACGGGCCUGAUGCGAUUGCAAAGCACAUUGGGGCUGAUAGUGUGGUCUAUCAAACUUUGGACGACUUGAAAGCCGCGUGUGUCGAUGCAGCUCGAGAAGCAAAAGCGUCCGACGCCCCCAGCAACUUCGAAGUCGGUGUAUUCUGUGGAAAAUACAUCACACCCGUCGAUAACGACUACUUUGAGCACUUGGAGCGGAUCCGAGGUCAAACUCGCAAGCUGAAAGUCAUUGACGAGGCCCGACGGGCUGUUGUCCAAGGCGUGGCCGGCGAACACCAAAUCCAGCUGGCCACGAACGGAGCUGUGGUCACUGAAGGUGGCAAGGUGGUGCCUGCAGCCAAUGGCAACGGAUACCGGCGACAGUCGAUUCAGACUGAUGUUACGAACUCACAUCGGGGUUCGGCCGUGUCACUGGGGUAUGAGGACGAAAGUCCAUCUGUACGAGAUCGUAUGGAUAUUGCUUUGCACAAUCUGGGAGAUUUCCCUGGAAAUGAGUGA